AUGGAUUUCAUUGGCAAAAAAUACAAGCUGAUCUCUUCGGAAAACUUUGACGAAUUCAUGAAGGUUAUGGGAGUGGGUUUAAUGGUCCGGAAGCUUGCUAACGCAGUUACUCCUAUAGUGGAACUCCGUAAAGAGGGAGACGAAUAUAAUUUAGUAACAUCCUCUGUCUUCAAAACCACAGAAAUGAAGUUCAAAGUUGGUGAAGAGUUCGAUGAGGCAGAAGCUGUUGGUGCAAAAUCAGUGUGUACUUUUGAGGGUUGUACCUUGAAGAAGGUCCAGAAGACUGCAGAUGGUUCUUUGGUUACGUACAUUCGCGAGUUUGGUCCUAAGGACUUGAAGACAACAAUGAUUGCGAAAGACGUGACAUGCACCAGAAUUUAUAAGGCUGUUGACGACUCUCAUCCAAAAACGUACAGGGUAUUGGGAUAG